GGAAUCUUUAGGGUAUUCUAGCCACUUUGAUACAUGUUUAAAUACUAAAAGUACGUUUGUGCAAAAUAAGUGGAAUGAUGGUCAAUUCCCCGACAACAAGACAUAAGUUAGUUACUUCAUGCAUGUAUUAUUAAUAAAUCUUAUGAAAUAUUAAAUUAAGAUUCAAAAAAAGAGAGGAACUAGCAAAGUACUAUUUUAGAGUGGGCACUUUUAUAGGAUUAAAGAUCAUAGCAUUAACGAGGAUUUAGUGCGGGAGACAGCGGACCUUUGCAGCGGCGGAAAGCUUAAAUUAGACCGAUCGAUGAAAGAUCGAUGAUGUCAAGAUGUUCCAAUGCGGUGAUGGAGUGACGCUGGCCUUUUUGCCACUGGUGCAGCCAAACGAAAUAACGGCUGAUUGCACGUGUCGGAGGAAACAAUCCGGAAUCUUUUUUUUAUUUGCCUGCCAACUGCCGCCAGCUGGUGCCAGGUGCGCGGCCACUGCGAUGGAAUCUGGCGCUUUCCAAGGCACAGUGCCUGUUGCUGUUUCCAAGGUACACCUUGGUCUCAGAGUCCCCUACCACAUCUCCAUGACGUCAACCAUGAGCUCCCUCGCCACUCCUUAAAACAAUUUGUACCCAACCUCUCUGACUUUGAGAUUUAUUCUCCUAAACACAUUCGAUUCGGUCAAACUCUCUGCAAUCGACCAAAAGUAAAAACGUGAACAAAGAUGGUGCACGUCAAAAUCCUAUUCACGGCGCUCCUCGCCACAUCUGUAGCUGCUGACGGGUGGCUGCCAGGCACUAGAGCUGUGUACAACAAGUGGCACGAGACGGAGCUGGAGCGCUGGCUCAGCGAUAACGGUAUCCCGUACCCCAAGGCUGCUACCCGCAAAGACCUCCAGGACCUCGUUGACACAAACUGGAACGACUAUGUUGUCCAGCCCUACAACAAGUGGACUCCGGACCAACUAACUGAGUUCCUCAAAAGCCAGGGACAGGCCAUUAAGGAAAACUCGGAGAACACUCUCGAUUACCUCGUCAACCAGGCCAAGAUUAACUGGUAUGACACCAGCGACUAUGUGGGCAAACAGUCUGGGAACAUGCGUGAAUGGGUAUGGGAUACCUGGUCUGACAACCAGCUUGUUGCCUUUGCUGAAAAGCAUGGCAUUGACGUUCCCGGUGUAAAGAAGCGAGAUACACUUAUUCACAAGGCUCAGGCUGCGUAUGAUGCGGCUGCCAAGCAAGCUGGUCAAACCGCCGGCUACGCAGGCGAUUGGUUGUACGAAUCUUGGACUGAUGCCGAUCUCAAGGCCUGGCUAGACGCUCGUGGCAUCCCUGUUCCUCAAAUCACCAAACGCAACGAGCUUGUCGCCCAAGUCCGUCGCAACGCCUACAUCGCCCAUCUCAAGGCCCGUCACGAGCUGGCUCGUGUUAGCGCCAAGUCUCGCAAGGCAUUUGCCGAGCUCAAGGACAGCACCAUUGAUGCAUGGGACUCAUCUAAGCUCCAAGAGUUUUGUGAUGCCAAUGGCAUCCAAGUACCCCAUGGCAGUAAGGUCGGUGAUAUUCGUGCCCUCAUUCGCCAGCGAAGCGCUCAGGUUAUGGGAACCGAUGUCAAGGGCGAGGCUUCUAAAGCCUACGAAGAUGGUGCUUCGGCCGUCAGUGAAAAGUUUGAAGAGGCAACGGAUGCUGCCUCCGAAGCUGCCCGUGAAGCCUUUUCUGCCGCUACCAACACGUGGUCCGAGAGCCGCCUCAAGAGCUACCUCGACGCCCGUGGUGUACCAGUCCCCCAUGCCAGCAAGCCCGAUGAACUUCGUGCCCUUGUCCGUAAGCAUGCUCACAAGGCCGCUUCUGGAUGGAGCGCGUGGACCUUUGAUGAUCUCGGGCGUGACGAGCUCAAGGCUUAUCUCUCCAAGCAUGGCGAUAAGGCUGCCAAGGCUCUCGCCGAAAAGAAGGAUGCCUCCAUGAAGGAGCUUUCCAAGGCUGCCCACUCUGCCUACAGCUCCGCCUCUACUCAUGGUGGCGAGAGUUACGCUUCGGCCACCAGUUACCUUUCCAGCAAAGCCACUGAGGCUAGCAGCAGCGCCUUUUCUACCUGGUCUGAGUCCGACCUCAAGGCCUACCUCGACAGUUAUGGCGUCAAGGUCCCUCAAGGCUCCACUGUUGACGAGAUCCGAGCGCUUGCCCGCCGCCAAGCUACUUAUUUCCGUUAUGGCACGUCUUCCCCUAGUGAGACUCUUCUUGCCAAACUCGCAGAGGGUUGGGGUUGGAUCACGGAGCAGCUUAGCAACGGCUUCGACACCGCCAAACAGCACGGCAAGGAAGCUGAAGAAGCAGCGCGCGAGAAGCUUAAUGAUGAGCUCUAAAUUACACAGAAAAAAGAAAUUAUGACUGCGAAGCAAUUUGAUUAUUAAAGUAUUAUAAUAGUGUUUAAAAAUAAAUGGCUGCCAACG